AUGUUUCGUUACACCGCUGCAUUCUUCGGCAAAGUGCUGGUGCUGGCGGAGACCCAUCAAAACUCUAUAUUUCCAGGUACUCUCGCAGCGGUAACGGCGGGCUUGCAACUUGGUGAAGUAACCACACUUAUCGCUGGUGAAACCCCCGCAACCGCUGCAGCGCAACUGUCAAAGGUGAAGGGCGUUUCCCAAGUGUUCAUUGCUUCAGGUAUCCACUAUGAGCAUGGUUUGCCUGAGGAAUAUGCACCGCUUGUGGCAUCACUCGUACAGCUUGGCGGUUACACGCAUGUUCUCGCGGCUACCUCAGCUUUCGGCAAGGGAAUUAUCCCUCGUGCCGCGGCGCUGUGUGAUGUCAUGCCCAUUAGUGAAGUGUCGGAAGUGAAAGAUGAGUCCACCUUCGUCCGUUACAUGUACGCUGGAGGUGUUGUUAGUACGGUAAGGUCCACUGACCCGGUGAAGUUCGCUACGAUUCGCAGCACCUCAUUUGAGCGAGCACCUCUUGAAGGAGGUAACGCAUUGCAGCAGGAGGUAGAAGUGACACCGGUGGUUGGCACUUCGAAGUGGCUUGAGGAUGCCUCAGUAAAUAAUGACGCGCCAGAUAUCCAAACAGCGGCGACGGUUAUCGCGGGGGGGCGUGGUUUGAAGAGUGGCGAGAAUUUUAAACUUCUUCAUGAUUUAGCAAAGCCACUCCAUGCGGCCGUUGGUGCAACUCGCGCGGCGGUGGAUGCCGGUUAUUGCUCCAAUGACCUCCAGAUUGGGCAAACGGGAAAAACUGUGGCGCCGAACCUUUACGUUGGCUGCGGUGUGUCGGGUGCCAUACAACACGUUGCUGGUUUAAAGGAUGCGAAAGUUAUUGCAGUAAUUAACAACGAUGCUGAAGCACCCUUCUUUCAAGUGGCAGACUACGGGCUUGUGGAGGAUCUUUUUGUCGCUGUGCCAAAGCUUACUGAACUGGUUACGAAGUCAAGGAAGUGA